AUGGGUGAUGUUAGAUUUAUAGAGUUGGAUUAUUCAAGGAAGUGUCCUCAGUCUUUUAUUCAAGGGGAACUGGAUGUUAAACAAACCAGAGUAGUAAAUGAACGUAACGGAAGAUGGCGUUACUGUUUAUUCGACGUCAAUGUUAAAGGCAACACUGUUACAUCAUAUGAGAGUUCAAGAAAGUACUGUUCGAGUACUUUUCAUGGCCGAUUCUUGUCAACCAGUUCGGUUAGGGAAUUCAUCUUCUUGCAGGGAGUACUUUACAACAAAUCAGAAGAUGGAAGACCUAAUGUUGUCAUAGCACCGGUCGAGAAAAAUUUUUUGAGGUAUUUAGCAGAUGCUAAAGUGAAGAGAAUGUCAGCAGAGUAUGGACGCUUCAAAUUUCGGGUUAAUAUAGAAGAGAAAUGGUACUUUCACGAUAGAUUUUGCAGAACUUGGCAAGAUGCCACAUUGGCCACUUUCUAUGAUGUUGAACAUCUUCAUAGAGUAGCAAGCAUGCAACAGGUGACUAGAAACUAUAUUGGUGUCACUUUUAAUUCGACUCAAAAUCGUUAUGUAUUUGACGACGGACGACCAUACUUUUCCGGUGGACCAGAUAAUGUUAAACACUUCUGUCAUCUUAUACGAAGAACUUAUACUGCCAUUACUGAAUGCAAAGAUUUUCACUAUUCUGUCUGUGAAUACAAAAGCCAACUUUUAUUUACUGAUGAAGUGAGCAUUCAGCGGUUUGCUUGCAAGAAAUAUUUUGAUACAGAAGAGGCGUUUGAAAAACAGAUUAAUCAGCCAAAGAAUUUCGAAGACUCUCAACGUUACUGUGAAACAGUGGAUAGUACACUAGCAUCGUUUUCGUCAGAACAGCAGUACAAAAUGCUAAAGGAAAGAUAUGCAAAAGCGAAGUAUUGGAUUGGUUUGAAACAGGUAAAUGAAGAGUGGGAGUGGUUGGAUGCAACAACUGUUGAUUACAAAGUUUGGUAUUUGUAUAAUGUAACAAAAAGAAAAUUUGGUAUUGAAAAAUGCAUGUCGGUCGAUGAAGCUGGUGACUGGAGGCGCAAAAACUGCGAAGAAAAACUUAAUUUUCUUUGCAAAUUUGAACCGAAACUGUGGUGCAGACCAGGCUUUACUGAAUUCAACUCCUUUUGUUAUAAAUUCUUUAAUGCAAGUGUUCCGUGGAGUACUGCUCGUGUAACCUGCAGAGGUUAUGGUUCAAGUUUAGUAUGGAUUACGUCUGGCAGAGAACAGAAAUUUCUCAACGAAUUUACUGAAUCAAAACCGUUCUGGCUUCUCCCUUUGUUUUAUUCCGGCAAAUGGAGAUGGCCCUUCUCCAAAGUACCAAAGUUCACAAACUGGAAACGGAAUGAACCAGAUCAGUGUUGUCCAAAGGAAGAGAUAUUAGCUGCAAGAAGUGAAUCAGGAAAAUGGAGUGACACUUCACCACUUUUCAAAGGAACUACUGUGUGCAAAUAUGAAAAAGGUCAACUUUACGUUGGCAGCGAGGAGGAAACAUAUGCAGCUAUUGUAAAAAAAUUAGAAACAAAAUUAGGAUUAGAAGAAGAAUUACCCGAUGAAGAAGUUCCAACGGAUACUCCAGUAAAUUAA